UAUAAGCCCAGUCUAUGGGACAGCUCCGCUUUACCUCAUAAUGAUUCUGGCAGGUAGAUUAUGGCUCCUCCUCUCGCUGUGGCCCCUGCUCACUGUGUGCGCUUCCCCAUCGGGGCCACAGUACACGUGUGGGGAAGAUGGAGUGCAGCUUCGCGUUCCCCCGAAUUACAUGGGGCAGGAGGUCUCCUUCCAAGUCCGGGAUGAGUUUGGGAUGGGAUAUGAUCUUUCUGGCUGUCUUUCAAGAUGUCUUUUCUCGUCACGAGGCCCGGAUGGAGAGAGUGUCUUUUACUCUCCUUAUAGUGUUUGUCUCUCAGUGUUCAAGGAUGGGGUAUGGAAGCUCCGUGUGAGGUUAGUUGGGUCUCAGAAGUCAGAAGACCUAGACCUUGUUUGUCCCAAACCUAGAAUCCCAAGACCAAGAGUAAUUGCCAGAACCCGGAGACCCCACAGUAUCAAAAAUGCUUCUGAACAUAUGUUUCCAUCAAAGGCACCAUCCACAAAACCAAUGUCUCUUACUAAAACAUUGCCUUUACACCAUACCUUGUCUCCAGAAAAGACCCUACUAACAGGAGUAGCUCCCACUGACAAGAUUUCUCACUGGAAUUUGACAACAAAGUCAUUGGUUCCACAUCCAGCCAUAUAUGACACAGAAGGAGAACAAAUUGCUUCACAGUGUCUGAUCACUUCCGGAAGGCUCUCAUGCCUAAAUACUAACGUUUCACGUGAUGAGUGUGUCAAUUCACGUUGCUGUUACGAUCAUCGGGAUGCUUUGACUCCAUGUUACCAUGGACAUACAGUAUUUCUUCGGUGCUAUGCUGGGGGAGAUUUUCAGCUGGUUAUUUCACGGCACGUAACGGAACCUCCCCUGCUGUUGGACACUGUAGAUCUGGGCUCACCACAAUGUCAGUCACCCACUCUAAGAAAUGAUGAUUUCUUAGAAUUCAAAGGCCGUCUGGAUCAGUGCGGCAUCCAUAAGUUCAUGGAUGGCCAUCUUGUUUAUGAGUUGACUCUGUCAGCCAUGCAAGAUAUCUUAUUCUCCCCAACAGGGUCAAUCACUCGGGACACAGCUGUAAAAGUGCUAUCUCGGUGCACAUACCCUUCCAGCCAUUCUGUGUCCCUGGUUUCUCUUGUGGUAUCCCCGGUUCCUAUUGCAUCAUUGACAAAAAAAUCAGGAUUAAGUCUGGAGCUACGCAUUGCUAGAGAUGCUUCGUUCACCUCAUUCUUUUCAUCUACUGACUUUCCUUUGCGGUUUUCUCUUGGGAAUUUUGUCUUCUUGGAGGUACGACUUCUUUACCCUUCUGACCCCCGACUGCACCUGCGCCUGCACCACUGCUGGGGCGCACCAACUUUAAACUCGGCAUCUGAGUCCAGUCAGUGGCCACUUAUAUACAAUGGCUGUCCUUAUGAUGGCGAUGACAUAGCGACUCAGAUAUUGGCUGUCCCCAUGCCGUCUAGCUAUCAACGAUUUGCUGUUUCAGCUUUCACGUUCCUUGGUGAUCCAAACAAGACACAGGUGUAUUUUUUCUGUAGUGUAUCAGUCUGUUUACCAUCUAUUUCAGAGACCUGUAUUUCAAACUGUACCACACUAUCAGGCAGAAGUCGACGGUCUCCAAAAGACAGUCCUAUUCAGUUGGUUAACUCAUUUGGCCCUCUUGUUGUCGAGGCAGAGAGGAGAUCGCCAGGUUUGGGGGAUUCCCAUCCCCUCAUCUCUAUCAUUCUUUGGGUCAUAUGUGCCUCCUUACUCAUUCUAGGAUUCUACAUUAUUUGCAGUCUCAAGUCCUAGGGUUUAUGAGCUGAAUAUGCUAAUUAUUUGUCGCUUGUCUUCUCAGUUUGUUGCUUUGCCUCCUGGAUGCAAUUUUUUUGUGUAAAAGUAUUUGCUGUGAGACAUUGUAACUGUUUGUUGAAAACUAUUAAGGUGAUUUUUAGGACUCUGCAUUACAAGUUUUAACACUGAUACUAUAUGAAAUAAAACUGUAAAUUACAUAAAUUUGUGAUGCAAUAUAUUAAAGAUGUAAGACAACCUAUAA